AAACCCAAGGUCAAAUUUUCCUCUGAUCUCCGCCAUUUUUCUUCGCCCACCUCGAGAUCACGACAACUGCGGCCCUCGGUCCAUUCGCCGCCAAAAGUAAAACUGCCGCCCGACCAAUACUUAGCUCACGACGCGAAGCGGGCGAGUUACGUCGCCCAUUGGCGUUGUCCCGCGGACCUCCGCCCAUCAUUCCUCCGCACAGCGUUCCCCCUCCUGCAUUCCCCCUUCCCCGCGCGUCCGUCCCAUGGCCCUCCGCAUCCACCCUGCCUUGCCGCCAGGAGCGCGACCCCUGGCCACAGCGACAUCAGCGAGCGAAUGCAGUAGAGCACCCUUGUCCGCGCGCCACCACCUCCGCCAUUCCCCAGAUCUGCAACUCCGCGCGAGUCUCCCUUCCGCGCGUCCAUUGCCACGCGCACGCCGACUCUCCUCCGCCCACUCUCUAGCCACCGCUUCCCCCCUCGGCCCCGACUGCAGCGCCACUCCGCCAAGCGCAGUGCGCGCUUCCCCCCGCAGGCGGAGGGUAUCGUGCGCGGCUUCGGGAGCGGGCGCGGGCGAGCAGGAGGCGGCGCCGCUGGUGCAAAUUGCUGGCGACAGCGCUGUGAGGGCGGUGUCCGCCACGCGCUCGGGUCUCUUCCGCUCGCCCGUCUCCGGCGGCGUGGAGAGCGCCACGAGCGCGCACGGACUGCCGGCGCCAGCGGUGGCGGUGCGCAACCUGGUGGAGCAGGCGCAGUACGCGCAGCUCUGCUCCAUCAUGUCAAGGUCGCACCACCGCCGCAAGGGCUACCCGUUUGGGUCGCUCGUGGACUUCACCACUGAUGCUGAUGGGCACCCCAUCUUCCUGCUGUCGCCGCUGGGCAUGCACUCGCGCAACCUGCACUCGGACCCGCGCUGCACCGUGGUCGUGCAGAUCCCCGGCUGGAGCGGCCUCGCCAACGCCAGAGCCACCAUCUUCGGAGACCUCUACCCCCUGCCGCCCGCCCAGCAGGAGUGGGCGCGCGGGUUCUAUGUGAAGCGGCACCAGCACGGGGCAGCACAGCAGUGGGGCAACUUCCACUUCUACCGCAUGGAUACCAUCUGCGACAUCUACUUUGUGGGCGGCUUUGGCACGGUUGCUUGGAUCGACGUGGCGGAGUAUGUGGCAGCCACGCCCGACCCCGUCGCCACCAACAACGUGGACCAGACACUGCAGGGUCUGAACGACCGGCUGGGCGGCGAGCUGAGGGCGGUGCUGGCGGGGUCCAACUCGCAGCCCAUCGAUGACGCGUCGUUCAUCAGCAUCGACAGCAAGGGCGUGGACAUCCGCGUGCGCCACGGCACGCAGUUCCAUGUGCAACGCCUGUCCUUCACCACGUCGGACGCCGUGGACUCGCUGCCAGCAGCGGAGGCGGCUCUGCGCCGCAUCCUCGCCUCGCCCGCCCUCGCUCUCCCCUCCGCCUCCCCCCUGCUCUGACCGCCUCACUUGCCUUGCCAGCCCCUCUCCUGUGACCAAGCAAAGCCCGCAUGGGCAGAAGAAGAGAGGCGGCUCACACGUGCCAGCCCUGCUGGACUGCCUAUUGGUGCGCAACGGGCAGAACAGAGUCUGCUCACAGCCGUGUGAACAGUAACACCGUGUUGCUCCUGUGCUGAGAGCGCGCCUCCUGACGUCCUGGAACAAGUGUUUGCCUUCCUGAGGCUGGCUAGAAACGGCUCCCGCAUGCAGCUUGCCGUCUCUGCUUAUGAUAUCAGCAUUCCUGCUGUAUCCCUCCCAAUAGCGUUGCCUAGCCAGUUAGUUUUCUCCUUUUUCAGAAAUGCAGUAGCAGCAGCAAGCGGCCACCCAGCUUUAUUAUUAAGUGUUGAUCUUUCUAGUUGAGUGA